GAGGGACGAUAUCUGGUUGGCAUUAUGGAGCCGAAAUACAGACCGGCAGCCCCAGCGCCAGCGGCAGCGGCUAAGGAGCCGGUGAAGAAGUGAGAGCGAGAUUGCGACGACAUAUUAUCGAUCGACUGUAUCUAUAUUUGCGAGGUUCUGUGUACAUGGGAGUUAUAGACGGCGUUUACAAAACGAGAUCUGGGGGUUGAAUGAUACGGAUAUCACCAGGGGCUUCAACUUCUCCAUUGGCUUUGGGCGUGAUUCCGAGCAGCCACAGCGGCAACAAGCAUUAUGUCGACCGAUGCCUCGAUUGCCCGAUGAUUGCUGGACUAUUCGAAGGAAACACUGUCCGCUAUGUUUGGUAUAUUAUGGGGGAGGGGGUGUCAGGGGCUCUAAGCAAGCAGGACUCUCGAAGGCUGUUGCCAUCUUGGACAUGUACUCACUCAGGGGUUGCGCUAAUCUAUAUAACAAAAAUCUACGACACAUGGCUGCUAAUAACUGGCAUCAUACAUGAUAUGGACAAUGUAUCGCACAGAUGAUGUACUGUGCGGAACUGGAGAGUGUAUAUGCUUUUGCGAGAACCCCGUACAUACAACCUCCAAUCCUCCAUCCAAACUUCUGUAGCUGGGACCAUGCCUUCUCUGGUCUCUUGU